CUCUCUCUCUCUCUCUCUCUCAUGGACUCUCUGCUAGCAAGCUACGCCUCUUCCGACGAAGAAGAAGACCAAAAACCCCAACUUCAACCACCCCCAAACCCUUCAUCUCCUUCUUCUUCUUCUCUCCCCAAACCCAAACCGUCAUCCUUGUUCAAUUCUCUUCCUCCUCCAAAACCCACAUCAAGAUCCUCCCUUUUCUCUUCUCUCCCCAAACCUAAACUCGAACCCCAAGAUAUCAAACCCAAAAUCCCUAACAAACCCAUCUCCAAUUCCUCUUCUUCUCUCCAAAUCCCCAAAAGGGUCGUCCAGUUCAAGCCUCCCAUCUUCGCCAAUUCGACCCAUCUCGACGAAGACGACGACGACGACAAUGAGGAAGAAGAGCGCCGGCGGCGGAAAGCGUCGGAGGCCUCGUCGGCGCAGCCUCAGUCCGUGACGUCGUUCUUGUCGGCUAUUCCGGCGCCGAGGAACUCCGCAACGCUGGGUGUGAGUUCCGGUUUGGGUUCUGGUGCAGGCUCCGGGAGAAGAGCCAUUGUUGAAACGGAGUCGUCGUUUAAAGUGGAGAGCGAUGUGGGGUUGGAUCAGAAUGAGAAUGUAGCUAGUUAUGAUAAUUCGAAUUUCGAUCCGAAUGUGGAGAGCUAUGAAGGUUAUGGUGGUUAUGAGAGUUACCAAUAUGGUGUUGAUCAUAAUGUGGAUUCGGGGGUUCAGUUACAAACUGGUGUUAGUGGCAGUGAUGCUUUGAGCUAUGGUGGUUAUGGUGGGUAUAGUGGUUAUGCUGGAAAGCAUGGGAAUGAAUGGGCAGAUGGGUCGCAAGCUGCGGUGAUGGGUAUGUCAGGUGAUGCUGGUGUUAGAGUGAGUGGGAAGAGAAGGAGGAAUGAUGUUCCGACUGAAAUACUUGAGGUUAAGCAGGAUGAGUUGAUGAAGAAUCGGCCGAGGGAGGACCAAGCCAAGGUCACCGGGAUUGCUUUUGGGCCUUCUUACCAGCCUGUCUCGGCAAAGGGGAAGCCAACGAAGCUGCAUAAGAGGAAGCAUCAGAUUGGUUCUCUGUACUUUGACAUGAAGCAGAAGGAGAUGGAACUUCAAGAGCGCCGUUCAAGAGGCUUCCUUACAAAAGCUGAAACACAAGCCAAGUAUGGAUGGUGAUCCUGGGAAACGUCACUCACAAAAUAGAUCCUGGGACCAAUUUUUUUUCAUAUUUUGUAUUCCAACACUGUAUUUUGAUGAAGUGAGAUAGAAGAUAGAACUUUUCUGGUCAUUUCUGUCUCUUUCAAUUAACUACGCUUUGUAUUGUAUAAUUGGCAAUUCCAAAAGAAAAAUUUAAUGUUUAUAUGGAAGUGUGGUUUUUUAGUG